AUGAUUCUUGGCUAUGGAAUAACCCUGAAGGUUGGCCCUCCAGUCAUCUCCUGUGGUUGGCACCUCUUCAAAACGAGUGUCAGAUCGGGAAUUCGGGUUGGAUCUGGGAAGGACGACUUCUGCUGCGAGCCCGUUCUUGUCCUCGUGCAUGAUCGAUUCGGUCCAGUCGAUCCCGAUGCACUCUUGACUAGCAACACCCCUUUCGGGGUGGAGAGCGGCACAUACUGCCCACCGUCUGCCGGAAAAUCUCUCGGUCACCCCUUCGCAGUUGCAGAGGCCGAGGCGGCUGCUGUCGAGGCAGCCGCCAUAGCUGCGGCCGCAAUCGCCGGGGCCCAGGAAUUACGAGCGCACGCAGACGCCCUCCGACAAGCUGCGGACAAAGCCGAAGCUGCAGCGCAGCAGCUUGAGCGCGAAUGA